CGCGUAGGGGAGCAUUCACACCCCGCUGUCGGCGUUUAGCGGAUGGGGCUCUCAGCUUGAGCCAGAGGGAGGAGGAGGAGAAAGAUGAACGGUAACCCGUGUGCCCGCAGGCUGGCCCGGCGCUCCAAGUCCGCCCUGCUGGUCGCCGCUCUGGCCGUCCUGCUGGUCCAGACUCUCAUCGUGUGGAACUUCAGCAGCCUGGACUCUACCGGCGGGGACGGAGGCGCCAGAAGCCGGGAGAAGAGAGAGGACCGAGCCGGGGGGGUUAACAAAGCCGACUGGGAGCACCCUCGGAGGGGGCUGCAGAAGAAGAGCGACCCACCGCCGCUGCUCGGAAAGGCGGCCGUACGGCACAAACUGCAGGCGGAUGUCUACCAUUCCCACCGACCCAAAGAGAAACUGCGCCUGGACAGCAACAACAAUGAGAACUCGGUCCCCAAAGACUUUGAUACCAUUGACAGCAACAGCAACCUGGGAGCUCGAUCUCAACGCCAGCGAGUUCCGGUCGCAAACGUCAAACGCAAACUGGACAAGGCCCAGCUUGAAAAGUCUGCCAACGAAGUCCUCAAGUAUCCUCCUGUCCAGGCCAGAGGGGUCGGCCACAACCACAACCGCACCCACGUCCAUAAACCUCACCCUCAGGUGCCAACCAUCCCAGCAGCAGUUCAGGGGUCCAAUCAGCAUCCUCCGCUCUACCAGGCAAAUAAAUCAGACACGCUGCUGCCGCCUGGUUUGGAGCCGAGGAAAGACAAGCCACAGUGCGAGAUCAAUGGGAAGGAAGCCAUUUCUGCUCUGUCUCGAGCCAAGACAAGAGAGUGUCGGCAGCAGAUAGUGGAGGUCUACUGCAAACACAAAGACAGGGCGCUGAUGCCUGAGAAAGUGCCUCGCUACUGCCCCAUAGAAGGUAAGGCUAAUGUGAAUGUACAGUGGGAUGAGGACCCUUCAGAUGCUGCCCAGCUCGUGCCGGCGCGGAUUGCCUUCGUCCUGGUCGUCCAUGGCCGAGCCUCGCGUCAGUUCCAGCGUCUCUUUAAAGCCAUCUACCACACCUCGCACUACUACUACAUCCAUGUAGACCAGAGGUCCAACUACCUUCACAGAGAGGUCCUGUCUCUGGCUGGCCAGUAUCCCAACGUCCGGGUGACUUCCUGGCGGAUGUCCACCAUCUGGGGUGGCGCCAGCCUGUUGACUAUGUACCUACGCAGCAUGGAGGACCUUCUCAAAAUGGCCGACUGGUCCUGGGACUUCUUUAUCAACCUCAGUGCUGCAGACUACCCCAUCAGGACCAAUGACCAGCUGGUGGCUUUCCUCUCCAAGUACCGCAACAUGAACUUCAUCAAAUCUCAUGGCAGAGACAACGCACGUUUCAUCCGUAAACAGGGUCUGGACCGUCUCUUCUACGAAUGUGACACCCACAUGUGGCGUCUCGGGGACCGCAAGAUCCCAGAGGGCAUCGCGGUGGACGGAGGCUCCGAUUGGUUCCUUCUCAACCGGCCCUUUGUGGACUAUGUGGUCAACUCCCAGGACAAGCUGGUCAGCAGCAUGAAGCGCUUCUACGCCUACACACUGCUGCCAGCUGAGUCAUUUUUCCACACCGUGCUUGAGAACAGCGCCCAUUGUGAGACCAUGGUGGACAACAACUUGAGACUCACCAACUGGAACCGCAAACUGGGAUGCAAAUGCCAGUACAAGCACAUUGUGGACUGGUGUGGCUGCUCACCCAACGACUUCAAGCCCUCGGAUCUGCCACGCUUCCAGGGCCUCGGUGUCCGGAGACCAGAAUAG